AUGGCAGGCACGACUGCUUUGCCACUUCAAGAAUUUAUUGCAUCCUUGGACAAUACCUGUCUGCCAAAAAUUCUACAAGUUUGCUCUGGAGUUUACUUUCAAGGCUCUAUUUAUGAACUUUCUGGGAGUGAAGUAUGCUUUUCCACUGGAGAUCUAAUAAAAGUCACUUCCAUUGAACUCCAGUCAGUUUGCUGUGAAGACAUCAGUAAAAAUGAGAAGUUUGAGUUGCCUAUCAACCAUACAGGCUUGUUCAAAGUUGUACCAGAAGACAUGCCGUACAGUACGAUAGAGGAGAUGAUGAGCCUGAGGCCUGUAGGCCUUGAAUCCUGCCUUCCCUUCACUUUUACCAACCGCUCCAAGAUGACCUUGGAUAAUUUCACUCUGGGGGCCGGGAAAACUUUGACUGUGCUCUCAAUUAAGUCGUCUGAAGGUGAAGAGGAUCAGGUGCGCUGCAGUGUACAAGGUGAACAGGGAGCCUCCGCUGAAGUGUGCAUCCCUCUUAAUUUCCGGGGGGAGUUUCAUGAAUAUGAGAACAAGGAGGACUUUACUCUGCAGGAGAUCAUGUCCUCACCCUGCCUGCGCUGUCGAAAGUUUCGCUUCACCAAAACCACCAAGUGUGACCAACCACUUGUCCUCAGUCCAAUAUACCAGGUCCAAGCCAUCAUGAACUUGAGGAAGAAUAUAUUGAAGUUCCCAUCCAGCUUAGAGGUGGAUGUGGUCGAUGUGACUGAUGUGUGCACGGAUGUGAACUUUGUGACACCGCUCAGUCUGACAGAGGUCCUUUCCCAGCCAGAUGAAUCCUUCCCUUCAGUAGUGGAGAUACUAGAAGGCCCAGGAAGCCGGUCUCUGUUCAAGUGCUACUGGGUGCCAGAAAUGAACAAAAGUCAGCAACUGAUUUUCCAUAGAAAAGGAAACACACCCAUGGUUCUGGUAUCCAGCUUGAAAGGCCGCAAGGCACAGCAGUACUUCAUGGUAUCUCAGCAUUAUGGUGGACGAUUUCGGAGGCGGCCAAGAGAGUUUAAUUCAGUGUACGAGCUGCAUGUUGCUUUAACCCAGGCACCAGGUCUGAGGGUCAGUGUAACAAGGAACUGUGAGGAAGUUGAGGAGGAAGGCCUGCCUGCCCUCAGUGUUGGGGACCAGCUAGAGGUCAUUAGCUGCAAAAGGGUUGAGUUGCCUUGUGAAGGCAGUGAGGGACAGAAGCAGUCGGUCGAGGCUCUCUUUUGUCAGCGCCUACAAGAGAUGGAUGAUGACGAUGAUGAUGAUGAUGAGGAGGAGGAGGCAGAUUUCAAGCGGGAAAAUCACAGAGAGGAGAUUUUCCUUCCUUUGUACAUGCAGGGUCACUUUGUGGAGGUACUCACUGAUAACAAGAAGUACAGACUCAGGGACUUGGGCAAGCAGUUUAAAUUGCCACUGGAUGUUAAAGUGGUUGGCCGUGAUACUGAACUCGAGCCUGAUCCACUAGUGGGGUUUCCAUGUCUCAGAAUAGAGGGGGCUAUGAUGGAGCCCACCAUCCAGGCUAGCUUUGUACACAGGCCAGACCAUUGUUUCGAGAUCCCCACCCAGUGGCUCUCUAUGUCUGUCUCUUUCACCAAGGACCCCCUGCCAUGGCCUAAUCAAGAACCCCCUACAUGCCACUUGGAUACAGUUACUGAGGUGACAGACACGUUCAUAUAUGAAUUUCGAAAAAAGGGCAACUCAGAUGAAGCUCCUCCACCUCGACCACCAAAGCGAAAUCUGUCAUCCUCAACUCUUCCCAAAAAAACAUCAAAACCCUCAAAGAAAGGUCAGCCGAAGGCAGACAAGCAAAAACAGCGAUCAGACAAAAGCACCCCAACCAAAGAAAUGGGCGAUUUGAAUUUAAAUAGCAAAAAAAGACCUCCAGCCCCCCCACCUCCAGCUAUGUUAGGUGAUGAACCACCACCAGUUAUACCCCGAAAGCAAUCAGGGGCUGAAGUGACAACUGGCAAGGCUAAGCCCAACACCUACGUGAGAUUGGAAGACUCUAAGAGAACAGCAUCGCUGAGUGAUAUUGCAGCAGAUGUGGACAGCGACCAUGACUAUGAGAUUGUGGAUGAAACUUUGUCGGCAAUGAUGAAGAAAGCACAAGAAAAUGUUUUGUUCUACUAAAAGGAUCACGUUCGGGCUGUGAAAGCUAAAUGGGUGACUAUGCAUACUGUCAUACAGUAGUUUUUAAAUUGUCCAGUCUUCAAUAAGAUUAUGCCAAUGCACCAAGGUGUAAUUUGUUGUGAGAUAUACAGCCAAACAAGGGACCUCUCCUUCAAAUCCACAAUGUUCUGAUGAAAUGUAUUUAUUUCUGAAAAUAGUUGGUUUAACAUCUUUGAUAUUUCAGUUUAAAUGUUAAGUGUUUAACUAUAAAUUCAUGAUGGUAUACUACAUUUGGAAAUAUCCAUGAGAUCAUUUGCAAGGUUUAAAGAUACUCAGUGACAAUUUUGGUGACUAGGUUCAAAGCCUAGUUUUGAUAAGUGAGUCAUCCUUUUUUUCUUUUGGAUUUAUCUAUUAUUCUAAAAGGAUGCAUAUGUGAUACACACAUGAAUGUGGCAUAUAAGUACACUUCAGUGAUAGUAAAUGUAUGUGCGAUGUUGAGACAGCAUCCUGUAUAACACAAGACGUGAAACCUUUGCUUUUCAUGUGGUCAGAGUAAAUUUUCAUUCCUCAGCACCAUUGUAGGCUACUACGCGUUUCAUUCAAACUAGUCAGGGAAAAUAUUUAACCAUAUGCUAAUUACUGCAGCUGUAGAUUUGUGUAUAAUUAUUAUGCUGUGCAAUAGUAAGUAGCUAUAGAAACAAUAGCAAAGCUUUACAGUAAAAUACAGUCCAAUACACCAAAAAAAAGCUGUAACAAACUGCCAGGGUAAAAAAAAAAAAAACCCAAAAAAUGUAUGUAUGAGCUUCCCAGAGGUAGUAAUGGGUUGCUUUAUAUUUCAUUUACUGCAUGCUAUUACUACCAUAGCUGUAUACUCAAACUCUAAACAGAAUGGGCUCUAAUCAGUCCUCGCUGUGAGGUGACAGUAUUAACCACAGACACAUGACAAAAUGGCAACUCUGUAGCUUUUAACUUGGUCAUCGUGUGCUGUGGUCGACAGCAGAAUCUCUCUUCAAACUCGCUCUCUCUCUUUAAUGAUCUGAUUGUACAAAAGAUGCACAAUGUAUUGAAUCCUGUUUUUUGUCAUUUCAAUGAAAAUAAUGCAUGGCAGACUUUUAAUCACAUACUGUGUACUGAAAACGCUUUCCUCAACAAAAAAAAAGUUGGUUUUGCAACCUUAUUGACUAAUGGGCCACACAAUUUAAAAUACUCACUGAUGAAAGUGAAAACUUAAUUUUGUGUAUCAUCUCCAUUACUUCAGUAACAGGUAUUGUGUAGAUUAAUGUGUCUGCCAUUUAAUUUUGUACUAAAAAAAGUCAUGCAAUUCCAUAAAAAGUAGCUUAAGAAAGCACUCAAACUUACUUGGUAUUGUCACGUUCUGUUAAAACUUUACUAUAUGAACCAUGUUAUAAUCACAUGUGCUGGCCUGUAUUUCUGCAUCAAGACCAAUCAACUGAAUUGGGCCCAUGUGGACCAAGUGAAGACAAACAUUUAGUGAUGUGAUCCAGUUUUGAAUGUCAUGCCAAAAGAUUUGAUUAAAUAUGUAGAUUAAGUAUUUAUGUAUUUCUUAAAAAUGUCUUAUGAUGGGAUUGCGUACAAGUAUUAGUAAUUAUCUUUAAAUUUCAGGUUUAUUGCACAAAACAAAUUGUGGAAAAGUGCUUCAAGUGUUUCUAAAUGUGGUGUACAUACAGUAUAUUAUUAAGAUAUUAUUGUGUUUGAGAACUGUUCAUUACAAAUGUGAUAAA